AUGCAUCUGCUGUGCUUCUUCUUCCUGCUGCUGUGGACCGGCCCGGCGCGCUCUUAUUUCCCGGAGGAGCGCUGGAGCCCGGAGUCGGCUCUUCUUGCCCCGCGGGUGCUGGUCGCGCUGGUCUGCCGCAACUCCGCGCACUCCCUGCCGCAUGUCCUCGGCGCAAUCGACCGCUUGAACUACCCCAAAGACCGGAUGGCUGUUUGGGUGGCCACAGAUCAUAACUCCGACAACACCACCGAGAUCCUGCGCGAGUGGCUGGUGAACGUGCAGAACUUCUAUCAUUAUGUGGAGUGGAGACCUCAGGACGAGCCCAGUGUGUAUGAGGGUGAAAGCGGCCCGAAGCACUGGACGAAUCUGCGAUACGAGCACGUGAUGAAGCUCCGGCAGGCGGCUCUGGAGACGGCACGCGAGAUGUGGGCCGACUAUUUCAUGUUGGUGGACUGUGAUAACCUGCUGACUAAUCGUGAUGUGUUGUGGAAAUUAAUGCGGGAAAACAAGACGAUUGUGGCGCCGAUGCUGGAAUCCAGAGCGGCAUACUCCAACUUCUGGUGCGGCAUGACGUCUCAGGGUUAUUAUAAGCGUACUCCGGCCUACAUGCCAAUCCGGCGUCAGGAGCGUAAGGGCUGUUUUGCGGUGCCGAUGGUUCACUCCACGCUCCUGUUGGACCUGCGGAAAGAGGCGUCCCGUCAGCUGGCCUUCUUUCCGCCCCAUCCCGACUACACCUGGGCCUUUGAUGACAUCAUUAUCUUCGCCUUCUCCGCACGCAUGGCAGAGGUUCAGAUGUACAUCUGCAACAGAGAGACGUAUGGGUAUUUCCCGGUGCCGCUGCGCUCCCAGAACAGCCUGCAGGAUGAGGCGGAGAGCUUUCUGCACUCUCAGCUGGAGGUUAUGGUGCGCAAUCCUCCAAUAGAGCCGUCCGUGUAUCUGUCACUAAUGCCAAAACAGACGGAUAAAAUGGGCUUCGAUGAGGUGUUCAUGAUAAAUCUCCUGAGGCGCUCAGACCGGCGCGAGCGCAUGUUGAGGACGCUUUACGAGCAAGAGAUCGCAUGCAAGAUCAUCACAGCUGUAGAUGGCAAGGCACUGAAUGCAAGUCAGGUAGAGGCUCUGGGGAUCAAGAUGCUGCCCGGUUACAGUGACCCGUAUCACGGACGCCCGCUGACCAAAGGAGAGCUGGGCUGCUUUCUGUCCCACUACAACAUCUGGAACGAGAUUGUGGAUCGUGGCCUGCAGUCGUCUCUGGUGAUCGAGGACGAUCUGCGCUUCGAGGUGUUCUUUAAGCGGCGUCUGCAGAAUCUGAUGCAGGAGGUUCAGUCUCAGCAGCUCGACUGGGAUCUGAUUUAUAUUGGCCGCAAGCGGAUGCAGGUGGAGCGACCGGAGAAAUCAGUGCCACGGAUCCACAGUCUGGUGGAGGCAGAUUACUCGUACUGGACGCUGGGAUACGUGAUCUCGCUCCGCGGUGCACAGAAGCUGCUAAGAGCCGAACCGCUCAAGAAGAUGCUGCCGGUGGACGAGUUUCUGCCCGUCAUGUACAACAAACACCCCAUUGAGGAGUACAUGUCUCAUUUCCCACAGCGGGACCUGCGGGCCUUUUCUGCGGAGCCACUGCUGAUAUACCCUACACACUACACAGGAGACCAGGGCUACAUCAGCGACACAGAGACCUCCAGCGUCUGGGACAACGAGAGCGUGCUGACCGACUGGGACAGAGCACGCUCACGAAAGAGCCGCGAGCAGGAGGAGCUGAGCAGCGAAGCCCAGAACACUGACGUCCUGCAAUCACCGCUCGACAGCACAGCCAGAGACGAGCUCUAG